AAGAUCAUAAGCCUUACUAGAGAUAAUGCUAAGAAUAAUAAUACUUGCGCUCGGUAUCUUUAUAAAAUAAUAGGAUAUAUAUAUAAUAAAUACCUUAAUCUAAUACCUAUUCACGAUAAAUUAAUAAGAUUUAAGAGGAAAGCGAGCAAGAUUAAUUACUUAGCUCAUAUAAAUAACCUUAUUAUAAAGGCAAUUUUGAAGUCCUUAGGCUCAAGUACUUAUAAAGAUACUAUAGUAUUCCUUAAUUGA